AUGGCUCCUUCGAAGUGGAUCACUGCCGUUAUUGCCGGGUGUCUGUCUGGACAGGCCCUUGCAGUGCCUACGGCCACCUCGGACUUUGAGGGCAAUCCUUUGGCUAAACGCACAAGCAUCAAUGAUGCCGCCACGGGUUAUGCGAGCCAAAACGGCGGUACCAAAGGUGGUGCCGGUGGUACAACCACGACUGUCUCCUCCUCCGCUGCAUUUACGCAGGCCGUAUCGGGUGACGCUGCAAAGGUCGUGGUCGUGAGCGGGACCAUCACCCAAAAGGCCGAUCAGGCCCGAGUGGGAAGCAACACCAGCAUUAUCGGCAAGGACUCGAAGGCCAUCCUCGAGAACUUUGGCUUACUGGUCAAAGAAAAGUCCAAUGUUAUCAUCCGGAACCUGGGCAUCAAGAAAGUCUUAGCUGACAACGGCGAUGCCAUUGGUAUUCAGGACUCGACAAAUGUCUGGGUGGACCACUGCGAUGUCUCUUCGGACAGAGACCACGACAAGGACUACUACGAUGGACUGAUUGAUAUCACCCAUGCGGCCGACUAUGUCACCGUGUCAAACACCUUCAUUCACGACCACUGGAAAGCGUCGCUAAUCGGCCACUCGGACAACAACGGCAACGAGGACACCGGCCACCGUUACAACAUCAACUCGCGCGCUCCCUCUUUCCGCUUCGGAACUGGCCACAUCUACAACGGCUACUUUGAGAAUGUCAGCGACGGCAUCAACACUCGGAAAGGUGCUCAGCUUCUCGUGGAAUCUAACAGCUUUGUCGGAAGCAAGAAGCCCUUGUACUCGACUGAUGCUGGAUAUGCUGUUGCGAACGACAAUGGCUUUGGGGAUGGUUCCAACACGGCCGAGAAGGGCACUCUGACCUCGAUGCCCUAUAGCUAUACUCUGCUGGGCUCAGGGAAGGUCAAGAGCGCCGUGGUUGGCAGUGCUGGCCAAACUCUUAGCUUCUAA